AUGUCCUCCAUUCUCCGCCAAAUCGUGGCUGGUCCUAGAUUACAACACCCAGAGGCAAAUCUCGACCUAUGCUAUGUGACAGAUAACAUUAUUGCUACCUCUGGCCCUUCGGGAACCUAUCCACAACGAGCGUACCGCAACCCUCUUGAUGCGCUGGUCACCUUCCUUGACUCCAAGCAUGGCUCGAACUGGUGUAUCUGGGAAUUUCGUGCAGAAGGGACCGGAUAUCCGGACUCGGAGGUAUAUGGACGGAUUCACCAUUUCCCAUGGCCAGAUCACCACCCACCGCCCUUUGCUUUAGUCCCUAAUAUAAUGGCCAGCAUGCGAAACUGGCUGCAGCGAUUAGAUGAACAAAACGAAUUAUUGGACUCAACCGACAACUCCAAUCAAUCUGAUUCGGAGAAGAAACAAAACUCGUCAAGCAAUGGCGACCGGGUUGUUGUCGUGCAUUGCAAGGCAGGCAAAGGACGCAGCGGGACCAUCGCAACCGCAUACUUGAUCAGUCAAGAGGGAUGGAAAAAAGAAGACGCUCUACAGCGCUUUACAGAUCGACGCAUGCGUGUUGGGUUCGGAGCUGGCGUUAGUAUUCCGAGCCAACUGCGCUACGUUGACUAUAUCGACCGGUGGACGAACCAAUUGAACAAAGUAUAUAUAGAACGCCCCGUUGAGAUCGUCGAAAUUCACGUGUGGGGCAUGCGCGACGGCGUAAAGGUCGCGGUGGAGGGCUAUGUUGACGAAGGCAAGAAAAGGAAAUGCAUCCAUAUGUUUCAUCGACGUGAGCGAACGGUGAUCGAGUCGGGUAAUACCACACCCGUGAAGGAGCAGACUGAUGUGAAGACUGCGAAUCUCACUCCGGGCGCAAAUGCUCCCACUUCUGCUGCGACAUGGGCACCAUCGCCAAUGGCCUCACAAUCCGAUUUCUCCAGCUCAGCGACAGAUCUCCCACGCCCAUCGACUAUUUCACCAGCAACACCUACAUUAUCCGCCGCGAUUUUUAAGCCCGAAAAGCCACUUAUCGUCCCUGGUUCUGAUGUCAACAUUGACUUUGAACGCCGCAGCAAAGCGUCGUACACGGGAUUUGCAAUGGUGACUUCUGUUGCCCAUGUGUGGUUCAAUCCCUAUUUUGAAGGUGGUGAUAAGCAUGAUUCUGGUGUGUUUGAGACCGAAUGGGAAGCCAUGGAUGGAAUUAAGGGAAGCGUGAAGAAAGGGAUCCGCGCACUCGAGCGAUUGAAGGUUGUCUGGCGGUAUCCCGACGAGAAUCCUGGCCAUACUCCCUCAUCUGGGCAUCCAAUCAAGAUGCCUGAGCCUGGUGAGCCGAUAAAUGAAGGUCAGGCUUCUGACUGGCAGCACACAUCGCAGCCUGAGUCUGAGUCUGGAUCUUCGCCUCCUCAUCUCGGGGACGAACAGGAAAACCGGCCACCUCUGCCAGACCGUGCAGCCUCAAAGGCCUCGAGUGAAGUGAAUUCUAAGUUGACCACAAGCUCUGAGACGCCUGCGCCUUCUACCUCCUCGAACCAUGAAGAGUCGGCGGAGGGGUUGGAUAUGAGAUUAGGUCUGCGACCCCAGACUGAUGCGAGUAAAGAUGUGAGCUUAGCAGGGAGUGAGGAUGAAGAACGGACGGUGGACGAGGAAGGUCGUGUGGUGAAGGGCAAGGGCAAUGGAGAUCUGGAGGGCGUGAGGUCUUAUUUUAAGGAUGGACAGGACGACGGAUAA